AUGAAGCUUAUCGUCGCCGGAUCCACCGGCUUCGUCGCUACUGAAGUCAUCAGACAAGCCCUCUCCAACCCGGCCAUCACAUCCAUCAAAGCGCUCGCCCGCCGCCCAACAGCCGUCCCGCAAAAUGCAGGGCCCGGCGCUGAUGUCUCGAAGCUGAAGAGCGUCGUCUGCGACAACUUUGAGAAAUACCCUGAGAGCGUGAAGCAGGAACUUGCUGGUGCUGAUGCUUGUAUCUGGCUCAUCGCAGUAACACCCUCCCAAAUGUCCAAAAUGACCUUCCCAGAAGCCCGCAAGAUCUGCCUCGACUACACCGUCACGGGCCUCGAGACCAUAACCCCUGUCGCAUCGACACCCUUCCGCUUCCUGUACACCAGCGGCGCGAACAGCGAGCGUGAUGCUACGAAGAAACCUUGGGUCUUGGGAGACUUUUGCCUUAUGCGUGGCGAAUGCGAAACCGCAGUCCUAGACUUCGCCGCGAAAUCCCAAGGGAAAGUCCAGCCCUGCAUCGCCAAACCCGGGCUCAUCGACGCGCCUGGCAAGACGGGGCCGUUGAUGAGUGUUGUGCAGAUGAUUGGACGGACUAUUAUUGGGUUGCCCAAGGUGCAGAGGAGUGAGAUUGCGGCGACGCUUUUGCAUCAGGCUGUUAAUGGGAUUGAGAAGGAGACGCUGCUUAAUGAGGAUCUGGUCAGGAUUGGGGGUAAGGCUCUGGCAGGUAGCGGAAAGACUGGG